GCUGCUGUAAGCUUUUCUGACCUAGUAAAGGGUCUUACAAAUAUCGCAUAACUUAACGCCGUAUGUUAGGAGCUUUUUAUUUCUAACAAAGCCACAAAGCCAGUAAAAUCAAUACUCCAACUUAGACUGGUUAAGGCCGUCCUUCACACAUCGCGCAAGGAAGGUUCAUGUAGUUUGGGUGUUAACGGACAUUAUGGGCGGUGAAAAGUUUACUGCACAGCGUUUGGUGUUCCUGCUUGUUAGCGUUAUAGUAUUUUCAGCGGUCCAAGCCGAUCGCCACGAGUGUGCUCGAGUUUGUCAGCGAAAUGUCCACAAGACCUGCGAGUACAAUUUUACCGUCGAGUGGUAUCUUACGCUAUCCAAGGCUUGCUAUGAGUGUCCAUUCAACCUGACAGACUGCCACCGCCCCCACUGUAUAGCUGCUGAUGGACAUAUGCGAGCAGUUGUUGCAGUCAAUAGACAGAUACCAGGGCCGAUGAUAGAGGUUUGUGAGGGUGAUACCUUGGUGGUGAAUGUAAAGAAUGAACUUGAGGACGGUGAAAGUACAGUGAUACAUUGGCACGGCAUCCACCAGAUGGGGACACCGUACAUGGACGGAGUCAGUAUGAUAACACAGUGUCCCAUUCCACAGUUCACAACAUUCAGGUACACGUUUAAAGCCAGCCCAGCUGGGACCCAUUUCUAUCAUUCUCACGUUGGCUCGCAGAUCGCGGACGGCCUGUAUGGUGCGUUAAUAGUUCGCAAACCACCGGAAGAUGAACCACAUAGGACCCUGUACGACGAGGAUCUCUCCAGUCACGUGGUCCAGCUGGCAGACUGGUUUCCGGAGCCAUCAAAUGCACGUUUCAUCCAGUUUGUGCAUAAAGAGCCUGACUUCUUUCUACCAGUUUCCUUACUGUUAAACGGGAGAUCUGAUAACUACGAAGUAAAACUAAGUUCCAACCCUAACAUCACGGCAAAACCCCCUCUAGAAGUCUUUCACGUGACCCAGGGUAAUCGAUACCGCUUUCGCUUUACCAAUGCUGGUCAUAUGAAAUGCCAGUUUAAAGUAUCGGUUGACGCCCACAAUUUGACUGUCAUUGCUGCCGAUGGCGUUGAUGUGAAGCCCUUGGAGGUCGAUGCAUUUGGAAUAAAACCAGGUGAAAGAUUUGACGUCGUUUUGCAUGCCAAUCAGUCAGUUGGUAAUUAUUGGUUGAAAGCGGCAGGCUUAGUGGACUGUGGUUUCUUAGCGCAUGUUGCCCUAGGAGUAAUUAGAUACGAUGGCGCAGCUGACGAAUACCCCACAGAAGACAGGAAGGCAAACAGACUCGGGAAGUAUUUGAAUCCCACCUUAAGUGAGCCAUGGAACCCGAUUGCAACCCACGGACCGGACUUUGACAUUCUCAUGGACGAGUUGGAAAAUUUCAAGAACGAAAAUUUUACCGAUGAAAAUGUGGAUGCCAAGUACUAUCUUGGUAUGGACUUUCUGCUUAAUAACAAUCCGAAGUUCAACCCUCCUAUUUACUACCCUGCCGAGGAGCUACGUCCACCUAAAACACAUUUAACUCCAGCUUUCGACAACAUAACGUUUGCGUUCCCUCCUGUGCCCCUCAUGACACAACCAGAUGACAUUGAUUCCGCCUGGUUUUGUAAUCACUCCACAGUUAAUACCACCAACUGCGGUGACGAUCUCUGUAAAUGCACACAUAUGGUGGAAUUCAAGCUUAAUCAGGUUGUGGAAAUGGUCCUCAUCAACGAGGGUAAACCAAUCCCAGUUGAGCAUGCGCUUCAUCUGCAUGGUGCAUAUUUUCGUGUGCUGGGCGUUGGAAAGCUCGAGAGUUCUACUUCGGUUGAAGAAAUAAAGACACUGCACGAGGAGGGUAAUCUAAGAUAUAAACUUAUAAGUCCUAGCUACCGUGACACAGUGAUCGUGCCUGACAAUGGAUAUGCUAUCAUACGAUUUAGAACCGACAAUCCAGGUGUCUGGCUCUUCCACUGCCAUUUUAAUGUUCAUCUAAACCUGGGUCAAGCCAUGUUGCUGAAAUUUGGUGAUUUUGCAGAGUAUCCAUCGAUUCCAGCAAACCUUCCUCGAUGUGGUAGUUGGGGCGGACAUGUAUACAAAGAUGCAACUCACAGGGACCAAUGUCCUAAACAACCUGUGCAGGAGUGUAAAGAACCAACCGCGACCGGAAGUCGUAGCCUGCCGCCAUUUUCUUUGUUUCAGCUGGUCAUUUUCGUCCUACAGGUCUCUUGGAUAAAAGCUGGGCUGUUGUAGAAAGCAUUUGCCUUUGAUAGACUGGCGGCGACACGCUGUAGUUCACUUGUAUUUCUUUCUUGUAAGAUUCUAGUAGUGAAAUUUCAUUAAAUGUCAUACUAUUAACUGACA